ACGAAAACAUAAAAAAUGGCAGACAGCGAGGAGCAGCAAGUGUCUUCCACCACCCCCAUGUUCAACGAGGAGGUCCACCACUACCAGGCCGAGCCGGACCCCGAGCCCCAGCAGGACCUCUUCAGCGUGGAUGAGAUUGUGGACUUGGUCGGCGGGGCUCAGGACGCCCUGGAGCGGCACAUAGCUGAAGAUAGCGCGCCACACGAGUUCACAGAAACUUCCUUCGUUCCCCCGGAGGAGCUGGUCACAUUACCGGAGCCCGAGCACACACCGGUGCCAGAGGUGAGGGAACCGGAGCCCGAAAUCCCAGACUCCACCACGUCAUCUCCUUUUGUUCCCGAGCCUGAGCUUGAAGUCGUCGCACCCAAAGCGGAACCGGAGAGUACAAAGAUCGCACCGGCUGCCCCCGAGCCAGAACCUGCCCUCAAGAGCGACGCCCUCCCAGCGGCUGAACCCCGGACAGCAGCCCCAGCCCCCGCAGAGGCAGCAGAGCAACUUGCGGUGACAGAGGAACCUCCGGCUCCAGCAGCAUGUCUUCUUCAUCGCUGGAAGACAAACCUCGACAGUAGAGAUGUACCUUCUCCUUCUAAAGCUCAGCCUCAUCCUCUGAUGCAAUUCCCUACAGCACUUGGGCAGAAGGGUGAUUCCCCUGCUCCCAUCUCUCCUCUCUCCCCUCUCCACUCCCCCGACUCACUGGAGGAGCUCUCUCUGACCGAGAGUCCCAACCAGCCCCCGACUACUGGAUCAUCUGCACCCCUGGGCUCCUUCUCCACUCAACCACCCACUAAUCUUUCCAAGGACAUGCCUUGGGAGGGUGAAGAGGGUGACUCUGGACCAGGCCGUAGUAAGAAUAAGGAAGAUCUUCUAGAUCCGUUAGCUGGUCCUUACCUGAGUUUAGGGAAAGACCCAGGGCCUCAUAACCCGUGUGAAGACAGCGGCAUUUCCUUUUCACCUGAAGAGAAGCUAAUUAGCUCAGACAGGUCCUCUACUGGUCCCUCUCCUGUGAACCCCCAGAUGAAGGUCCCUGAGUCUCACCUUGCCUCCUCUAACCCAACAGAGCACUGGGAUUCACCAUACCUAGCAUCUCAAGACAAUUCCAAGGUCUCCAUGGAUUCCUUCUCCAAGGACACAGCCCCCAUUAGCUCCUCCAGGUAUGAGCAGGACCUGCACAGCAGCCAGUCCGAUGAAGAUGAUGACUUGAUGUACGAAGUGAAGAAGAAUAAUAAUCCAUUUGAAGGCUUUUCACCACUGGCGGACAGCGGCUACUCCCAUUUUGGAGACUCCAAGUCUGACAGCAGGGCAUCCAAAAUGUCAGAGAGUCCUACUCCUGAUCUGGUUCAAUACGGACAGACUGGAGAGUCCCAGGAUGGCCCACCAUCUUUCUUGGAUGAGGGGAAGACCUUUGAGACUGGCAAGAUGGCCACUGACUCAUUCAUGCAGUCGAUGAAUCAGUUCUCGUCUGAUCUUAAAGACGAUGAUGAAGAGGAAGAGGAGGAUUCUGCCCUGCCGCCAUCGCUUCCAGACAUUCUGAAGUCCUCCCCUCUCAACCCUGACAAAGUGGACUCAGGCUCGUCUGAGGGGAGUCCGGAGGAGCAGAGCCCCAUCCUUGAACGGAGAAUGAUGGAGUCACCGAACCCUCCGAUCAACCUGUCGGCUAACAACCCAUUUGCUUUUGAUGCUAAAGUGUCCCUGCUGAAGGAGAUGGCUGAGGAGAUGGAGGAGAGAGCAGCCGACAAGGGCAAAGUCGAUGACGACAAAACCUUUGGCGCCUUCGAUCUUGUCAAAGAGGCUGAGGAAACUACCCCGACUAAGGUUAAAGAAGAGGAACCUGUGAAGAUUGAGCAGAAAGAUUGGUUCUCAAGCCACGAUUCUCCCAAAAUGACCGAAAAAUUUGAGCCCCUUGACUUCCAGAGCAAAAAAGCCCUUGCUGAGGAUUCAGAUUCUGAAUCUCCAACAGCAGAUUCCUUGUCUCCAGUCCUGGAAGCCAUGGCCAAGAACCCAGCCAGCUUCCAAGUUGAAAUGGAGAAGAAGGACCUGAAGAUGGAGGUAGAGGAACCAGAAGUAGCUGAGGAGGUCUCUGAGCAUGAAGUCUCCUCUGAGGAGUUCGAGUUCAUUGAGAGACCACCCAGAGGUGUUAUUGAUGAGUUUCUGGAAGCUCUGGAUACUUCUAAGUUUGCCUCCUCCAAACCUCCGGAGAUUCCCAUGGAUGAUGAUCUCAGCUUUGGUCAGAAAGAUGUCGCUCCAGUUGCACCUCCAGCAAAGGUUGUUGCACCUCCAGAGGUGGAAGAAGAUGAACCAAGCCAGAGCUCAUACCGCAUCCUCACCCAGGCCUCCCCUCAGAAGAGCAAGGCCGAGCUGGAGAAGCUGGACAUCCAGCAGCCUCCACCCCAAGUUCCUGUCACCCAUUCUCCUGUCCACAAACCAGAGGAGCCGGUCGCUAAGAAGAGCUUGGGCGGCAGACUGUUCAAGAUGCCAAACCUGAACAUAACAGCAGUGGUGGAUCUCCUCUACUGGCGGGAUGUAAAGACCACCGGUGUGGUGUUCGGCGCCGCCCUGCUGCUGCUGCUCUCCCUGACGGUGUGCAGCAUCGUCAGCGUCUGCUCCUACAUCGGCUUGGCUCUGCUCUCAGUCACCAUCUGCUUCAGGAUAUACAAAGGCAUCCUGCAGGCCAUCCAGAAGUCCGAUGAGGGACACCCAUUCAAGCAGUACCUGGACCAGGAGGUGGCGCUGUCUGAGGACAUGGUCCACAAGUACAGUGACAUGGUUCUGGCCAAGCUCAACAAGACCAUCAGUGAAUUAAGACGCCUGUUCCUGGUUGAAGACCUGGUCGACUCCAUCAAGUUUGCCGUGUUGAUGUGGAUCCUGACCUACGUCGGUGCCUUGUUCAACGGGCUCACUAUCCUUAUUCUGGCUCUGGUCGGAGUGUUCAGCUGCCCGAUCAUUUACGAGAAACACCAGGCUCAGAUCGAUCAUUACUUGGCUCUGGUCAACAACCAGAUCAAAGACGUCGUUGGAAAGGUCCAGGCGAAAGUUCCCGGCAUGAAGCGUAAAGCCGAGUGAAACUACAGAAAGUGGGAUUGAGAAGGUCCACAUGUUGGAUGUUGUGGGGGAGUCUGGGUGAGGGAGGGGGGAGGCAGUGAAGGAAGGCUGGGGGAGGCGGAGGAGAGGAGGGGUCUGGCGUGGACGCAGCCCUUCUACUGUAUCUGUCAAAAUAAUAAAAACACUUUGUCUUUCCAGUUCAGAAUUCCUUUUAUGUUCUUUUUGUGUGUGUUUCCUGGAAGCAGCUUUGUUCAGUGAUGUUUCUCCUCCUUUUUAUCCGCGAGUUUUGAAAUGUUUGUUUCUGUGAGGUGUCCGGGGGGGGGACUCACAGAAACUCAUUUUGACCUCGCGUGACCCCUUCCUCUGCCCACCCCAGUGCAUUGUGGGAGGUCAGAGCUCCUCCAGCCGGGUCCGGGUGGGUUUUUCUGUCCUUGUUUUUGGUUUUUAUCUUUUUUUUCUUGCUGUUUUUGAGAAAUCAAGCAACAAACAGCAACUUCUGUUUGUUUUUUUUGGUAUGAAUAUUCGCUGAGUUUAGAGGUAUUUUGUGAUUUUACUGUCGUGUCCCUGAAGCUGGUUUAUCGCCUCGAUGUGACGAACGACGAAUUUCGCGAACGACGUCUUUGACUCCUGAUGAGGCUUCGGGGGGAGGGUGAGGAAAGGGGGAGGGUCGAUACUACCAUUUAAAAAAUCAUCGCUUCUGAGUAACUCUUAGCUAGAAAACCUCUAGAAAACCUUUGCCAGACAAAUAAACCACAUUAAUUACAUUAAAAGUCGUUAUUUCCAUGUCAUCGCCGCUGUCUAGUAGUGAAAAACUCUGGAAGGAAAUACGUUUACAUUCAUCCACAUCAGAAAAAAACCUGAAAAAAAAACAAAAACGCUAAAAAAAAAAAAACAUGAAAUGGGAUUUAAAGGAAAAAAAAUAACCAUGCUGUCUGUGGAGCCGUUAUCUUAAUAAAGUUGCAACUUGAUGUGACUUUGGGAAACCUUCAAGCAUUUGUUUGUUAUGCAAGUAUAAUUGUGAAUGAUAAACUUCAUACUUCAAUUGUGACGAUAAAAAGCUUCCAGCCGGGAGCCGUGUUUGUGGAAUGCAUUGUGAGAUGUAAACAAUUAUCAAUAAAGCUUCUAGACGAA